AUGGCGAAGGCGGGCGAUGGAAGGACUCCAUAUGAAAGCGGAGCACCCGGAGAAAAGUUCACUGAUAGGCCUUUCAAUCCAGAGAAGUCAACUGGAAUGUCACCAGAUCAAGGUGAGAAUUCUACUGCCAGUGGGAUAUCAGAGCCUGAACAAGUGUUGGAACAAGAGACUGUUAUUAGGUUGGUCUUUCUUCCAGUACAAUCCUUCAUUGUUAUUAAUUUAUUCUUUCAUUGGGAAAAUACAACCGAUUCGAGUAUAGAAAGAAUGAUAGUGCCAUUUGAUUUGGGUUUAGAGACAUUCCAUGAGAUACCUCUUCCAGAUUAUGUUCUAGAUUCCAACCAUGGAAUGCAUUGUUUGGGAGUUUUGGGUGGAAAGAUUUGUGAGAUGACAUGGUGUAUGGAUGGUCCAUGUGAGGUGUGGGUGAUAGAAGAGUAUGUGGUGCCUGAAUCAUGGGUUAAACGCCAUGUUUUCACUCAAUUUACGGCUGCUGCUUGGAGAUUUCCAUUUGGAUUCACAUCACGCAAUGAGUUGCUUCUUGAAGAUAAGGAUGGUCGACUUGUUUUGUACGAUGCAAUUGCAAACAAGACUAUAUCGACCCAUACAAAACAAAAAGCACUUCAAAUCCUGGAGUAUGUGGAUAGUCUUGUUUGGUUCUAG